CACCCUGCGUCCUGUGGCAUUAUCAGCUGUUCGUCUGUUAAACGAAUUGUGAAUAUUAAUUAGUUAAAAAUUCGAGAAACGCGUGCGUACGAGCAAACAAAACAAUAAAGAUAAUGCUUCGCGGAUACGAGGGCGUGAGAUAUAUCUCGGAUAAGCAAAUGGUAGUGUUUGAUAUAGGUAGCGCGUAUACAAAGUUUGGCUAUGCGGGAGAAGUGUCUCCACGUGGUAUUAUUCGAACAGAAGUGAGGUGCUCGGAAUCAAAGAAAAUGCGCAGAAUCAUUGAUUAUAAAGAUGUCGAGGAUUUGUAUCAACUGCUUGUAGACUUUCUCCAUCUAUUGUUUUUUAAGUAUGUUGUGGUAAGCCCAAAAGAUACAAGGAUAUUACUUUUGGAGUCCCCAUUGGCAGUGACCUCGUUCAGAGAUACCCUUGCAAAAGUAAUGUUUAGACAUUUUGAAGUUGGUUCUAUACUAUUUCUACCAAGUCACUUAGCCACAAUUAGCACUCUUGGUAUUGAUACAGCUUUAGUAUUAGACGUUGGAUAUCAGGAAGCAACUUUGAUUCCAAUCUUUGAAGGAAUACCGGUACUUAAAGCCUGGCAGGCGUUACCUUUAGGUGGAGAGAUUAUACACGAGAAUUUAAGAAAAUACUUUCGAGAUACAAGCGACCUAGAUUUGUCAGAAAAGAUAGUGGAAGAUAUUAAAGUAAGAACAUGUUUUGUAACUACACUACAAAGAUCUGCAAAGCUAGGAACCGAAAGUGCUUUGACUCCACCUCCCGAUGUCACAUAUCCUGGUAUUAAAAGAAUCGUAAUACCUGGGGAAAUUAGAGAAAAAGCGUUUGAAAUAUUAUGGGAAAGGGAUAACGAUAAUCUUUCUUUGCCUACUAUGAUACUCAAUGCCAUCAUUAAGUGCCCAUUGGAUACAAGGCGAGUGUUGGCUGAAAAUAUAAUACUAGUCGGAGGAACAACUAUGACGAAAGGCUUUACGAGUCGCUUGAAGUCGGAAUUGUUAGCCUUAAUUGAAAGCGAUCUGUAUAAAACUAAAUUAAAGGUGGAAUCAUUCAAAUUUCAUACAGCACCUAGUAAACCGAAUUACACAGUAUGGUUAGGCGGUGCUAUUUUUGGCACAACAGAUUUACCAUUACGAUGUUUGACAAAAGAUGUGUACUUGAAAACAAAUCGAGUUCCUGAUUGGCCCAAUCUUAUAGAUAAUCAAAAGGAUGAAACUUCUUAUGAAAUAUAA